AAGAGGCGAUCUUAACGAGUGUAUAAGGCUUUUCUAAAGAAAUCCGAAAGAUGCGGUGGCGCCUCACUUUCCCGAGCAAUAGGAGCGAUGCUCCCCACCCUGGCUGCUGGCCUGGAAGGGACACUGGCCCGCGGAGAUUGCUUGCUUUCUGCGUGUCCGCACAUCGUGCCAGCAGUUAGGAAGUGGCUGCUUUGUCAGGAAGAGCUGCUACCAAGGAACAAAUGAUCAAACCAUGCCGUUUUUUCUGUUUUCAGAGGUAAAAGAUUUGAGUUUGCCGUCCUCAGCUGGGAACAACUCUGUGUUUUAGCUUCCCUCAAGCAGCUUAGACAGAGGCAGAGCUCUGAUUUUGUGCUUUCAGAAUGUGAUUUUGUGUGGAUGCCCGAUUCAAAUUUCAAAUUCAAAUUUCAAAUUGAACCUGUAUCGGUCUAGAGAAGGGAACUGUUUUAAACUGAGAGAUAGGAGUCUAUGACAUGUUUCUGCUGGACCAGAAGGUUCAUUCAAAUGGUCAUUGAACAAUUCCAACCCCGAAUUAUCAAAGUCUGUUAUCAAAACAGUGGCUAAAUAUAAUCCCAGAUUAGAUGCAUGAGGUGAUUUGAGAACAAGAAGGAAGAAGAGAGGAUUAUUUUUCCAAAAAUGAAAUGUCGAUAUAUAAUAAUUUGCUGCUGUAGCAGCUCGCUAGAAAUAGAACACUGAUUUUUCGAUGUCGUAGUGCCCAAUAUUGUUAUGACUCGGAUAUAUUCUUUUUCUGUUCUCUGUUCAGUAGUCCCCAGCAAAUCUAUUUUCAUUAAAGCAUGGAAUACAGAAAACAAAGGACUUCAGCUAAUGCUUCGGCUUCACCUGAUAUUCUACAGUUUUCCUAGCUUCUCUGGAUCCGGCCAUCCUGUUGCUUCUUCCCACAGGCUGCUCUGUCAUGGCAUUUUCUCCGACUGCUCGGCCCUGAGUGCAAAGAAAUUUCAAGCAUUACUUCUGACUUCUACUUACUACUGAAUGUUCAGUUGGAGAAACUGAAGGCCUUUCACUCACUCAGAAGAAAGAAAUCAAGAAGGAGAACCUGAUCCACGUGCUUCUGAGCUGCUGUGGAUGGCCCUGGCUCUCUUGACCACCCUUCCUGGUAGGAUGUCACUGAGAUCCCUCAAAUGGAGCCUCCUGCUGCUGUCACUCCUGAGCUUCCUCGUGAUGUGGUACCUCAGCCUGCCCCACUACAAUGUGAUAGAACGUGUAAACUGGAUGUACUUCUACGAGUAUGAGCCCAUUUACAGACAAGACUUUCCCUUCACUCUUCAAGAGCAUUCAAACUGCUCUCACCAAAACCCAUUUCUUGUCAUCCUGGUGACCUCACACCCCUCAGAUGUGAAAGCCAGACAGGCCAUUAGAGUUACUUGGGGUGAGAAAAAGUCUUGGUGGGGAUAUGAGGUUCUUACAUUUUUCUUAUUAGGCCAACAGGCUGAAAGGGAAGAUAAAGUGUUAUCAUUGUCCCUAGAGGAUGAACAGCUUCUCUAUGGCGACAUAAUACGACAAGAUUUUUUAGACACAUAUAACAACCUGACCUUGAAAACAAUUAUGGCAUUCAGGUGGGUAACUGAGUUUUGCCCCAAUGCCAAGUACGUCAUGAAGACAGACACUGAUGUUUUUAUCAAUACUGGCAAUUUAGUCAAGUAUCUUUUAAAUGUAAACCAGUCAGAGAAGUUUUUCACAGGUUACCCUCUAAUUGAUAACUACUCCUAUAGAGGAUUUUACCAAAAAGCCCAUAUUUCAUACCAGGAGUAUCCCUUCAAGGUGUUUCCUCCUUACUGCAGUGGGUUGGGGUAUAUAAUGUCCAGAGAUCUGGUGCCAAAAAUCUAUGAAAUGAUGAGCCAUGUAAAACCCAUCAAGUUUGAAGAUGUUUAUGUUGGGAUCUGUUUGAAUUUGCUGAAAGUGGGCAUUCAUAUUCCAGAAGACACCAACCUUUUCUUUUUAUAUCGGAUUCAUUUGGAUGUCUGUCAGCUCAGGCGUGUGAUUGCAGCCCAUGGCUUUUCUUCCAAGGAGAUUAUCACAUUUUGGCAGGUUAUGCUAAGGAACACCACAUGCCAUUAUUAAUUUGGCGUUGCACUAAAAACUUAGAGAAGGACAGGAUACUUUGUGGGAAGUGUCAGUGGGUGCUAAUGGAACACUCGUGAGAAGGGCACUGUGCUGGCUUGCACUGAACUGAAACUCAUGUCAACCUAGAGACUAGAGACUUACAGGCUUACACUUUACUUGUGUUAUAUUUUGACACAAAUCAAAUCAGGCUCUUUAAAGAUGAUACUGAGAGAACUCAAAGUGUUUUGUUAAUAACAGGACCAAACAAUUUGAACAUGUCAUUCUGUAGACUAGAACUUCUUAAAGAGGUAUUAUUGAAGUAUAAGCUCAUUAGUUCAUAACAACAAAGCAGUGUGGAGCUCUAUUUAUUGAAUAGUUUAGUCAAGGGUUUUGUGUAUCUCUUGUGUGGAUUACCAGUUUUUUAAAAUAUAUAGUUCUGUGUAAAAAACUUAAGAGUUAUACCAAACAAGACAUCAUCUGUUUUUGGUCAUUCAGAAGUUACUUUAAGAUGUUGCAGUAUUUCAGAGUUAUUGAUUAUUAUUUAAUAUUGCUUAGAACUUCUUGAGUGUUUAAAUGUUAUUGUUGUUUUAAGACUGUAUAACAGAAUAGCGGAUCACCCUUUACAUUGGAACUCUUUUCCAGUUACUUCACUAAGUUACUGAUAGCUCCAUGAAUGUAAGGCCAUGGGUCAUUAUUGUGUAUCAGUAAUCUCUUUGACUUUGAUAAAUAUUUUACCGUGGUAAUAUAGAGAAGAAUGAAAGGAAGAAAAUCUGAAUGAUUGUUUUUAAAAAUAUAAUCCCCAGUGUUUUUAGAUGUCACUUCAUCAGUCUCACUUUCCACCUGGGUAUUAGGAAUAAUACCGAAUGCCAGGCAGCCUGUUUCCUUUGGGAAAGGACUCUAAAGGAAAAGAAAAGAGAACCUGAUACCCAGAAUACAAAGAAAGGAGUGCCGUGACCCAGCACUUGAAUUGGAAAGAGAUGGCUAAAGAUUUGAGUCAUGUUGAUAAUCUGCUCCGUGUGUUUUCUCAUUAAUGAUCAGUUUGCAAAUAAAGAGGAAAAAAAACCCCAAA